ACGUUAUGCACUGGCAAUUCACUUGAUCUUUGAUAUUUAUUUAAUUAUAUUUCAAUUUGUGAGAUGAUUUUUUAGAAAGACUAUUAACAAAGCAGGGGCUGCAUUCUCGGUACUGCUACUAUAUAUAUUAGUAACAUUCAGCGGUCAUUGAUUUCUUCCUUACUACUAACACGUUGGAGUGAGUGUCUGUCCAUAGAUACGAAUCUGAAGGAAGAAGAAGAAGAACGUGAGAAAGUCAACAUGGAGAACGAGGCAAAGAAGUUUUUGGAGCUGAGCGAGCAAGAGUCGGAGACUGUGUCGGGACUGGCCUUACCAGAAUUCCGGCUCGGUGAGGCAACCAUCUAUGAUCAUUUGGCUCUAAGAGGCAUCCGAGUCGACCGAGUCGAACCAGGGCUGGUUGUGUGUACUUUCAAGGUCCCUCUACGACUCCUUGAUAGAGAUGGAAAUUUUGCAAGUGGUGCAAUUGCAAACCUGGUUGAUGUAGUUGGUAGUUGCGUGGUUUAUGUUUCCGGUGCACCUAUGAAUGUCACGAUGGAGGUGUCCAUAUCGUAUUUGUCUACGGCAAAGCUUGAUGAUGAGUUAGAGAUAACUUCAAGGUUGUUAGGAGUUAGGACAAAAAGGAGGUUACUCUGGAAUAAUAGUUCUUCUAAGAAACAAGGUAACCGGAAGGAUUAUUUCAGAGGGUCGACAUUCCUUGUUUCGUUCUCAUACACAUGGCUGAAUAGAUGUUAUGGAGACAUCGAUUAUUUUUUUUCUUUUUCUUUCUUUGACAUGGUUUCUAGUGGUGGCGCCUAA